AUGGGACCUAUUCUCGUAUUUAUAGCCAUUCUGGGCUUGUAUCUUGUCGGCAAUGCAAUUUAUUAUGUCACGCUGCAUCCGCUAGCGAACAUCCCCGGCCCAAAGAUCUGCGGGAUCACACGCAUCCCCUACUGGUUGGCUUCGCUCAAGGGCGAGGAUGUCAAAUGGAUGAAGGGCCUGCACGAUCGGUAUGGACCGGUUGUGCGCUUUGGGCCGACGGAUGUGAGCUAUACGGCUGGUGAGGCUUGGAAUGAUAUCCAUGGACCUAAAGUUACGGAGAAGGCGCAGGAGUUUUCUGUGCAGCCUGUCAACGGCGUUCCUAGUAUGCUUACGACUGAUACUGAGAGCCAUACUCGCGUACGACGGCUGUUUUCACCGGCCUUCUCAGAGCGCGCUCUGAAGCAACAAGAGCCUCUCUUCAAGAAGUACUCAGACCUUCUCAUGUAUAAGAUCUCAGAAGUUGGAAAUGAUGGUGCCAAACCAGUCGAGAUGACGCAACUACUCAACUUCACAACCUUUGACGUAAUGGCAGAGCUCUGCUUCGGACACCCUCUUAACCUCCUAGCACAGAACGAAUACAGCCCUUGGGUGAGAUCUAUCUUUGAGUCACUCAAGAUGUUGCCGAUUGCGUCUAUGAUCAACUACUACCCGAUUCUCAACGCGAUAUUCACUCGUUUUGAACCAAAGUCUGUUACACAACAGCGCGUCACGCAUUGCAAACACUCAGAAGAUCGUGUCAAUCAUCGAUUGGAGAAUGGUUCUGAUCAGCCUGAUGUUUGGAACUUGGUCAUGUCGGCAAAGGAGGGCAAGGGUCUUACACUUGAGGAGAUGCACUCUAAUGCGGAACUUUUCAUGCUUGCCGGAUCUGAGACAACGGCUACACUGCUGAGUGGUUGCCUUUAUAACCUGCUUACCUAUCCCGAAAAGAUGAAGACGCUACUUGAAGAGAUUCGCGGCAAGUUCACGAGUACCGACGACCUUACUUUCGAACGCCUCGCUGAACUCAAAUAUAUGAACGCCUGUCUCAAGGAAGCUCUCCGCGUCUACCCCCCAGUUCCCAUCGGAAGUCCACGAGUAGUCCAACCAGGCGGCCAGCAAAUUCUGGGCAAGUACAUCCCACCAGAGACACGCGUAUCAGUCCACCAUUACUCCACCUACCACUCUGAGUCUAACUUCAAGGACGCCGAAAGUUUCGUGCCUGAGAGAUGGCUCAAGACAGACUCAAAGUAUGCUGGAGAUAUGUGGGAGGCUCACCAACCCUUCGGAUUUGGACCUCGAAAUUGUCUUGGACAGAACAUGGCUAUGCAUGAGAUGAGGCUCAUUUUGGCGACCUUGUUGUUUAAGUUUGAUCUUGAGUUGUGCGAGGAGAGUCGGAAUUGGGCGGAUCAGAAGUCUUUUGCGCUGUGGAUCAAGACGCCGUUGAUGAUGCGGGCGAAGCCUGUUGCUACACAUACCAGGCUUAAUAUCUAA